AUGGAAGGUGAAGGUGUCCAGACCAGAAGCCAGGCCAGGCAAGGAGAGAUUUCCAUGGCUGAUCUGAUGCAAUUCCUACAAUCACAACGAGAGGAACAGAAACAUCUACAAGAAGAACAGAAACAACUACAAGAAAAACAGAAGGAGCAACAAACAAGGUUGCAACGACAACUACAUUCACAACAAGGAGGACAGAAACAAUUACUGCAAGAACAACGAGAAGAACAGAAAUAUGAAAAUGUGCAACUGCAAGUGAAAAUUCAGCAAAAACUUCAAUCGACACAGGAAGAUAUCGAUAAAAAAAUUCAUAAACGGGAUGAGGCUUUGCAAGCGAUGUAUAAAGCCCCGUCCACACGAUCGAGCAGUGCCCGGGAAACGGGCAAAGCCUGUGGUUGUCGGCAGUCAUAG